UCCUUUUGUUGCUGUAAUAUGGCAAGGCUGGAGUAAUGGGGUAUAGGUUUUGAUAUCGAAACAGUCUGUUAUUACCAUCAAAGUGCGUUAGACUGUUGCGGUACGAAGUAUUUCUGAUUUUUAUCCUAGGAUAAAGCAGAUGGCGUUCGUUCUCAAAGCACCAUGACCCUCUGAGAGGAAAGGCAAGCAUAAUCAGUAGCGUCAGCAAGCGUCAGUCGGACGCGUGCCCAUACACCGUUCUCUUCACGAUCAUGUAUUUCAACAAAUCUUGCAAAUCUUAAACGAAAAUGUAAAAUUAUCUAUAAUCUGUACCAUUUUAACGUACCGUGUAUUAAAAUCAGGUUAUAUUGCUCAGAAAUGUGCAUUGACAGACGCUAGUUUCUCUGUUUUUUAGUGAACUAUUUUUAUUGCCAUUUGAUGUUUAAUAAAUGCAUAUUUUAGAUAUUAAUUCAAAAUGUCAGACAUCGAAGAAGACGAGUUUCAAGAUGCUCAAGAAUCCAUUUCACAGCCUACUUCCAUGGAUUUAGAUACAGCAAUAAUGGAAGCAAAGAAAGCUAUACACUAUUUUUUUAAUAAUGAUUUUGAAGAAGCACGAAAAAUUAUGGAACCCUGGGCAAGCAGUAGCAUAUAUCACUCUUUAGGAACAAGUGUAUUUGCAUUCCUUGAGGCUAUUUUUACAUUUGAACAAAAACAGAUUGAGAAGGCAGCUGGAGCUGUAAAGCAAUGCAUGAGCGUAUGCUUAAAACAUCGUAAACAUGCAACAUUAACAGAGAAUAUAGGCAAAAUGGUCAAGAAGACUAAUUAUGAUACUUAUACAAUUGAGGAAGUGCAUGCGGAACUAUGUUAUGCCGAAUCACUUCUUUUAAAAUCGAUGCUCACGUUUGUGGAGGACGAGACAUUGGUCAGUUUUGUCAAGGCUGGAUUGAAAAUUCGUACCUGCUUUCUGUCGUAUAAAGAAUGUUUAACAAUUUUAAAUAGUCGUAAAUGGGAAAAUGAGAUUCAUAAAAUACAUUUCGAGAGUGGUGUCCGUACGGGAAUUGGUGCAUUUAAUUUGAUGAUCUCAUUGUUACCAGCAAAAAUUAUCAAACUUCUAGAAUUUAUUGGAUUUUCCGGUGAUAAAGAAUAUGGUUUAUCAGAAUUAGAAGCAGGAUAUAAAGAAAGAAGGGGUUUACGGCACGUAUUGUGCGCGAUGAUUCUUUUAGCUUACAAUUUAAUAGCAUCUUUCGUUUUAAGUCAUACGGAUGGUGAUUUGGACUUGUGCGAAAAAGUAUUAGAAGAAGAAUUAAAUCUCUACCCAAAUGGUGUAUGGUUCUUAUUUUUUAAAGGCAGAUUAGAACUAACAAGAGGGAAUUUUGAGAAUGCCUUAGAAUGGUAUACCAAGUCUUGGAAAAGUCAAGACGUAUGGCCUCAGUUUCAUCAUAUUUGUUUUUGGGAAUUAAUGUGGGCACAUUGUGGGCUACAACAAUGGAAGCAAGCUGCAACAUUCGCCGGUACUUUGGCCAAUGAAUCAAAUUGGUCGCGUACUAUUUACUUAUAUCAAAAAGCUGCGAUUCUUAUAAUGCAGAAUCCACCGACGAAAAGCGAAGAGAAAGAAACGAUAGAUACUUUAAUGAUGAAAGUACCUACGUACAAGCAACGUAUCGCUGGCAAGUCAUUACCCAUGGAAAAAUUUGUUAUAAAAAAGGCUGAACGUUAUUUUGCCCAAAAGAAAAAUCUAGUCCUUCCUGUAUUUGAACUUAUGUAUAUGUGGAAUUUAUUCCGCAUGAUUGGCAAACGGCAAGAUUUAAUGUUAAAUAUAUUUAAAAUAAUAGAAGACGCUGAAAAAGAAUUGAAAAAGGCGACAAAAACGGAAUAUCAUGCCGACAACGAAGCACUUAUCUUGCUUUUAAAAGGUGCUUGUUUACGGCAAAUGAAGCAUUCUUUGUUGGCCGAAGAUUGUUUAAAACGAAUUUUCGAGCUGGAUAAAUCGAUUAGAGAAGAUACCUAUUUACUUCCUUAUGCAACGGUCGAAUUAGCUUUGGUAGCACAAGAUCGAGGAAACAUGCAACUUGCUAUUGGAUUUCUAGAGGAUGCCAAAAAGAACUUUACCGGUUAUAUGUUAGAAUCUAGAUUACAUUUCAAAAUUCAUUCCGAUUUAAUGCGAUUAACAGGAAAGAAGUCAGAAGAUGUACUAGUAUAAUGAAAUUUGGAAAUUAUGAUUUCUGUAAAAAAAAAACUUGUUACUGCCAAUAGUAUCGCUAUUGCAGCUUGAAGCACAGUUUUAUUAACAACUUGUUCUCAUGUAACAAACUGUUGCAUACUUUCUAAUCUGUUUUUCUUUUUUUUUUGGAAAUUAUGCAUUUUGUUGACA